GCUGCGGGGUUGGGUUGGGCUGCGCUGCUCACUGCGAGCGCUGCUCUCUCGCUUUCUCUCUCUCUCUCCCUCUCUCUCCCGCCCGCGCACUCCGGACCGCACCAUCCGGCACCCCCCACGGGGGACGUGGAAUCCCUUCGCAGCGCUGCGCUCGAGCCACACUGACUGACUCCGGCGCUCCGUGCACAGGCAGCACGACUCUGCGUGCCGCUCGCCGGGGCGGGACGCCCUCGGAUCGUACCGCGGAUCGCGACUCGGGGCUGUGGCGCGCGUGUGCGUGCCCGGAGCAUGUCCACGUCGGAGAGCGUGCGGGAUCCACCUGAAAGAGAGAAAAAGAGAGAGAAUUAUAUCCGUCAUCACCUCUGUGGACGCGCACACUGAGCGGCCGUGAAGACGCGCGCACGGAUUACCACAAUCAUGGGGUUCUACGGCACUUUAAAGAUGAUUUUCUACAAAAUGAAGAGAAAGUUGGACCAUGGCCCCGAGGUCCGAUCUUUCCCUUCAGGAAAAAAGCCGUGCAAGGGCUCGGAGUACCCAAGCCCCACAGGUCUGGUCCCAUACCCGACCACACCCACCACAUUUGGCCAUUUGAGGGCAGCCAAUGGGCAGGGACAGCAGCGGCGCCGCAUCCCCUCGAUUCAGCCCCCCACCGGCCUCCAGGAAUGGCUGCGUACUUUUCAGAGCUGGAGCGGGCCCGAGAAGCUGCUGGCGCUGGACGAGCUCAUCGACAGCUGCGAGCCCACGCAGGUCAAGCACAUGAUGCAGGUGAUCGAGCCUCAGUUCCAACGCGACUUCAUCUCGCUGCUGCCCAAAGAGCUGGCCCUCUAUGUGCUGUCAUUUCUGGAACCCAAGGAUCUGCUGCAGGCGGCACAGACCUGCCGCUAUUGGCGCAUCCUGGCAGAGGACAACCUACUCUGGAGGGAAAAGUGCAGGGAGGAAGGUAUUGAUGAGCCCUUGCACAUCAAGAGGAGGAAAGUGACAAAGCCUGGCUUCACGCACAGCCCUUGGAAGAGUGCUUACAUCCGGCAGCACAGGAUAGAUACCAACUGGAGACGAGGAGAUCUUAAAUCACCCAAGGUGCUUAAAGGUCACGACGACCACGUGAUCACAUGUCUCCAGUUCUGCGGAAAUCGCAUCGUGAGCGGUUCGGACGACAACACGCUCAAAGUGUGGUCGGCGGUUACAGGAAAGUGCCUGAGGACGCUGGUGGGUCACACGGGCGGAGUCUGGUCUUCCCAGAUGAGAGACAACGUGGUCAUCAGCGGCUCCACAGACCGCACGCUCAAGGUGUGGAACGCCGAGACGGGCGAGUGCAUCCACACGCUGUACGGCCACACGUCCACGGUGCGCUGCAUGCACCUCCACGAGAAAAGGGUGGUCAGCGGCUCACGGGACGCUACCCUGAGGGUGUGGGACAUCGAGACGGGCCAGUGUUUGCACGUCCUCAUGGGACACGUGGCAGCCGUGCGCUGCGUCCAGUAUGACGGCCGCCGGGUGGUCAGCGGGGCCUACGACUUCAUGGUGAAGGUGUGGGACCCUGAGACGGAGACGUGCCUGCACACUCUUCAGGGACACACCAAUCGGGUGUACUCGUUACAGUUCGACGGUGUGCACGUGGUCAGCGGGUCCCUGGACACGUCAAUCCGUGUGUGGGACGUGGAGACAGGGAACUGCAUUCACACUCUGACUGGGCACCAGUCACUCACCAGCGGCAUGGAACUGCGGGACAACAUCCUGGUCUCCGGCAACGCCGACUCCACCGUCAAGAUCUGGGACAUCAAGACGGGCCAGUGCCUGCAGACACUGCAAGGUCCCCACAAGCACCAGAGCGCCGUCACGUGUCUGCAAUUCAACAAGAACUUUGUGAUAACCAGCUCGGAUGACGGCACAGUCAAGCUGUGGGAUCUGAAGACGGGCGAGUUCAUCCGAAACCUGGUGACGCUGGAGAGCGGCGGCAGCGGCGGCGUGGUGUGGCGCAUCCGGGCCUCCAACACCAAGCUGGUGUGCGCGGUGGGCAGCCGCAACGGCACCGAGGAAACCAAACUGCUGGUGCUGGACUUUGACGUGGACAUGAAGUGAGUGGGGGGUAGGGGGAGGCAGUGGGUUCAACCUGCCGUCCCCACAUCCCUGUGCCACCCACCCCCUCCGACAGCCCCCUGCCCCCAAGGCCAGUCCUCCGCUCCUCCCAGACCCCCGCGGGUCGGUUGGGGGUGGGCUCUGCUGCGUGCCGGUGCUGAGGAGGAGAGACGGGGAGGACGGGGGACUGAUGGAACAGCCAAUCAGUGACCUCCCUCCGCUGUUCUGGCAGUUUCCCUCAGAGACUUGAUUGCUCGAGCCUGACCGUGACCCUUUGCGUGUGUAAACGUGUCGCUUCUCCCGUGCCAACGGCGCCCCCCUCCCCCCUUGACAGACUCUCCGCUGUAAAGAGACGUUCGGCAGGAAAACAGUGUCAUUGUAAGAAAUGGUAAAUAGUGUACAAAGAAUAUUAAAGACGAUACCUUAAAAAAUACCUAA